AUGCGGUAUCUUGAGAAUGAUGAAAGAAAACCUUACACAGUCAAACAUUUCCCAAUUACUCAAUUGCUGAAAAGCUUUCCUUACUAUGAACUGAAUUAUUACCCAUACAGACCAACUGUAUUACUCUAUAUUCCAUACACACCUUCUCUAUCUUUUGUAAAACCAACUGCAGUUAGGCCAAAUAGCCAAAUUCCUCAGUGGAAGUUUUCAUCAGUUAUCUAUCUGUCCCCAGUAUAUCAUAGAACACCCUUCCCUCAAUCAUUUGCUGUAAUUCCCCCAAAGAAAGUUGAAGAUAAAUCUGUUACUCCUGUAACUCCUACCCCUGAGAGUGCUACUGUUGAACCUACACCUACUCCCACCACCAAACCAGUAGUGAGCCCUGUUGUCACUUCAGAAGCUCUCUCAGAGUUCAUCACCAAAAAUGCACCUGAGACUACAACCGUCCCAGUCACUUCAACUGCAAUAAUUGAGAGUCUUAAGACACAUGAUGAGUCAAAACAAAGAUCAUCAGGGCUGAAUUCAGUUUCUAAAGAUGGAAAAACAAAGUCUUCAAAUUCUCGGGCUGUACUAAAACAAGCCAAUGUCCAGACACCAAAACGGUCAUUAAGCCAAAGUUCACUUACUGAGACUCAAUCAAAAUUACCUACAUCACCUUUAUCUAACCAAUUUUUAAUAUCUAAUCUUAAAAAGUCUUCAACAUCCAAAACUAAAUCCAACAGCGUAUUAUCUACUCAAGAUGCAGCAAAGCAAUCUACAACUACCCAAAAAACAAAUCAGGUUAAGAAAGGUACACAAAAACAACGUCAAUUAAAAACAACUGCAAAAAAGAACUUAAGUAGUAAGCCUACAGAUAAACUGACCUUAGAUAAUAAGAGUAAGUUUAAUGAAGCCUUCUCACCUAAGACUUCUACCAAAAGAAGUAAGAUCUCUGAGCCUGUAAAGAAAGAGUCCAGAAUUUCCAAGUCUACAUCAAAGAGGAAACAGUCUUCACAUGUUGCAGGAAAUAGAUGUGUAGUUACCCAUUCUACUAAAAAAUCAGCUGCAAAGUCAACAAAAAGAAAAGGUCUUGCAGCCAAAUCUACACAUCGGCAGACACCAAUUUCCCACUAUGUGGUCAAAAGCCACCUAACUACUAAAUCUAAAUGUCCAAAGCCUAACGUUUUGAAGGAAAAAAGAACAUCCUCUAAGAGAUCUUCACCAAAUAAUCUUUCAGGCUGCAGGCCUACUUCAAAAAAAAUUGCAGCUGCUCAGUCUGUAGGCAAAAAGUCUCAAAAAUCCAAUUCUAAGCGACGCCAAUUUCAAGAUUACAAAAACAAAUCCAAAAAGAGAACAUCAUCACCACAUGCUCCCAAACACAGCAAUUGCAAAAUUCAUCCUCAAUCAUCCUGUCCAAUCAAAUCCCACUCAUCUCAACUUCAAGAUCAGAAAUCUCAAUUUCAUAAACCCAUAUCUUGUCAAAAUAAACCAGUAAAGCAUCCAUCUAAAACUUCUUCAGAAGCAGCCACUGCAUUACAAGCAGCAUCAACUACUAUUCCUGAAGGUAGUACCAUCACAGCCACUGUAGAAAGAAAAUAUAUUGCCAAUAGCAUAACUUGGAUUACACCUACUGCUAAAGCUCUGACAACCCUCUCACCUAUUACCAAUAGCUCCUCAUCUCAAGUCAUUGUCCAGCCUACCAAUACCACUACCAUUACCCAGUCUAUUGACACUACUCCAAUAAUUAGUAUACCUACUGCCAUAAUUGAUACAACUGCAGUAGGUGAUACCACAUCUACUACCUCAACAACUGGCUUGAGUAUUGAAAAGACCACUGUAACUGAUUUGAUGACUAGUCCCAUAGUCACUGUAGCUAGUACUAUCAGUACAGCAGAUACAGUAACCACUGCAGAAGUUUUUGAAACAACUACUGUUGCUGGAGACCUAACAACAUCUGUAACUGCUAGCACUUCCGUAACCACUAUUUCUGAUGCAUCCACUACUCUUGACAAUGCCCCCACCACCAACACAACUGAUGACAUUGACCUUGAAGAGUAUGUUUAUGACAAAGAAGAUUAUGACUCACCAUCUGAAUAUGAAUAUGACCCAGAACUUGCUGAAGAUUCUACCACUAUUCCAGAAUCUUAUUCUACAUUACCUUUUCCAACUCCAGAACCAUAA